UUGGAGCUGGUUACAGAUGGGAGAAAAGUUGUUCUGAAAAUGGGAGAGUCUGAUACUUUGACUCCAAAAGGAGAGAGACUUUGCUCUGUCUCCGAAGACUUGGGCUGUAGACGUGGAGAGUUCAGUAGAAAGCAUUAUGGAUCUGUGGAGCUGCUUAUAUCUAGUGAUGCUGAUGGAGCCAUUCAAAGAGCUGGACGUUUCCGAGUGGAAAACGGAUCAUCUGAUGAGAAUGCAGAUUUCACCCCAGGUACAUGGCGCAGAACAGAUGUGCACUUGGAAAACCCAGAGUACCACACCAGAUGGUAUUUCAAAUAUUUUCUAGGAAAAGUUCAUCAGAAUUACAUAGGUACAGAUGCAGAGAAGAACCCUUUUUUUCUGUCUGUCGUGCUCUCCAACCAAAACAAUCAACGUGUCCCUCAAUACCGCUCAAUUCUCUGGAAAAAAACAGGUACUCAGAAAAUAUGCCUCCCUUACAGUCCCACGAAAACAUUAUCAGUGAAAUCUAUUUUAAGUGCCAUGAAUCUUGACAAAUUUGAAAAAAGCCCUAGGGAAAUUCUUCACCCUGAGAUACAAAAGGAUUUACUGGUUCUUGAAGAGCAAGAGGGCUGCGUAAAUUUUAAGUUUGGAGUUCUUUAUGCCAAAGAUGGUCAACUUACAGAUGAUGAAAUGUUCAGCAAUGAAACUGGAAGUGACAGCUUUCAAAGAUUAUUGAAUCUUUUGGGUGACACAAUUACACUGAAGGGCUGGACAGGCUACAGAGGAGGCCUGGACACUAAAAAUGAUACAACAGGAAUAUAUUCCAUAUACACAGUGUAUCAAGGGCAUGAGAUUAUGUUCCAUGUUUCAACCAUGUUACCAUAUUCUAAAGAGAACAAGCAGCAAGUAGAAAGGAAGCGUCAUAUUGGAAAUGACAUUGUCACUAUCGUGUUCCAGGAAGGGGAAGAAUCUUCUCCAGCAUUUAAGCCUUCCAUGAUUCGCUCUCAUUUUACACAUAUUUUUGCCUUAGUGAGAUAUAAUAAGCAAAAUGAUAGUUACAGGCUGAAAAUAUUUUCAGAAGAAAGUGUACCUCUCUUUGGGCCUCCCCUUCCAUCUCCACCUGUGUUCACAGAUCACCAGGAAUUCAGGGACUUUGUACUAGUGAAGUUAAUAAAUGGGGAAAAAGCCACCUUGGAAACCCCAACAUUUGCUCAGAAACGGCAGCGCACUCUAGACAUGCUGAUUCGUUCUUUAUACCAGGACCUCAUGCCUGAUCUACACAAGAACAUGCUUAAUAGGAGGUCGUUCAGUGACGUGUUACCAGAAUCCCCUAGAUCAGCACGGAAGAAAGAGGAGGCCCGUCAAGCAGAAUUUGUCCGACUUGGUCAGGCACUGAAACUGAAAACCAUUGUGAGAGGAGAUGCCCUAACUAGUUCAGCAACCACAAACCUCUAUAAAAAGGAGCCAUGGGAGUCCCAAUGUUUCUGCAGUAAUUUUCCUCAUGAAGUUGUUUGUGCGGAUUCUUGGGGCCAGUCCUUGCUAGUUUCUACAGAUGUUGGUGUCCUGCUAAUAGAUGAUGGCCAGUCAUCAGUGCAAGUAUUUGAUAAAACUCUCCAGGUGAAACAGAUGCAUGUGCUGGAAGCUUUGGACCUUUUGAUUACCAGAGCAGACAAAGGGAAGGACUCUCGUCUCCUUGUCUUCAGGAUGAGCGCUGUACGAAAUGGCAUAGAAGCAAAGCAGAUGGCAAAGAGCAAAUAUGACUGCAGAGAAAAUAAACUUGAGAAAACAAAAGGCUGCCAUUUGUAUGCCAUUAAUACUCACCACAGCAGUGAACUGAGGAUAGUUGUGGCUAUUAGGAACAAACUGCUCCUCAUCACAAAGAAAUACAAUCAAGGCAACAGUUUAACCAGUGUCUGUUUGAUGUCAUCACUGUCUGAAUCACCAGUGGAGGAAUUCCAGUACAUCAGGGAGAUUUGUCUCUCUGACCCUCCAGUGAUCAUGACUCUGGUGGAUGGACCUACUGGAGACAAUGACAAUAUGAUCUGUGUAGCAUAUCGGCAUCAGUUUGAUUUAGUUAACGAGAGUACUGGGGAGUCCUACAGGUUACAUCAUGUUGAAGCAAGCAGGACAAACAUGGCAGGCGCAAGAACUCCAACUUCAGAAGCACCUAAUGGAGCACACUGUGAGGCCUCAAUCAGAUCCAGGCAAGACCUCUUGACUCAAGAAAAAGGCAAGAUCCGACAUCCCAACCCAGAAUUCAUCAUCUCACAGGUUAAUUUUGUUGCAGCUAUUGAUGUAUAUGAAGAUGGUGAAGCUGGUCUACUGUUGUGUUAUAACUAUGUCUGCUACUACAGAAAGGUAUGCCCCUAUAAUGGGGGUUCUCCUUUGGUCCAGACAUCGGCAUCAGACUUCCACUUUAGUUGGAACCAGGUUCCUUAUGCUAUUGUUUGUGCUUUCCCUUAUAUCCUGGCCUUCACUACUGAUUCCAUAGAGAUACGAUUAGUGGUGAAUGGGAACCUAGUCCACACAGCUGUGGUGCCUGAACUUCAACUUGUUGCAUCAAGGUCAGAUAUUUAUUUUAAAGCUACUGCAACAGUAAGUGGAUCAUCCAAUAGCAGUUCCAAGGAAACCAGUUCAAACAGUUCUCCUCAGACUCCAACAGCUCAUGAAAUGCCAGAAUUUCCUUCUUCCUCAGCGGAAGGUGAAGUUCAGUAUAAAAACAUAUACAAAAUUCCUCUGAGUAAUCUGGCUGGGAGGAGCAUUGAACGACCUCUGAAGUCACCAUUAGUCCCCAAGGCCAUCAUCACCUCAAUGUCUAGUGUUACUGCCUCAGCUCCUGUCAGUCACUCAUUAUCUUUGUCUCGUAUGGAAAUUAAAGAAAUUGCAAGCAGGACACGCAAAGAACUGCUGGGCCUCUUGGAUGAGAAAGUUCCCAAAUCAGAAGUAGCACAGAAGCAAAAGAAGGUUCCUCGAAAACCAUCAGACCACAAGCAGGGAGCAAUAAGGUCAACAAGCAGUGACAGGAUAAUUUCAAGCUCUUUUGAAAGCAGUUCUGAAGGGCGUCACCUUUCCACUAGUUCAGAUCCUGAUACUGCAGCAAACCGGGAGGAGAGCCCACCAUCUAGCAGUCCAUUUCAUCUCACUACUUCAUUUGAUGAAGACAUCAUUGACUUGAAGUGAAGACAAUCUUGAGUCCCUUAUUUUCUCCUUUUCCUUUUCUUAUGACUCUGAAGGCCUUAUAGCAAUGUCACAACACUGCUUUUAGUGAUAACAUAUGGCUGGAAAUAGAGUAUAUUGGUGAAUAUUCUCUACAGAACCCAAUUGGGUGAAGCUUUUUUGCCAUCUUUAUGUUUACCUUUAUCAGUUAAAGAACCAGUGGUUUGUAUUGUAGCAAGGUGGUAGAUAUCAAUGAUAGUUUUAGGAUGAUAAUUUUAAGUAAAUAAAAGGAUUCAUUUUUAUUCUCUCUGAACUUCUUAUGUUUGGAGUACGUGAAUGAGAGUAACACUUAGCUGUGUUAUUUGCAGCCGCUGAUAUUACAAAUUGUUUCAUAGCACAGUGUGUCAUGUAGAAAGAUGAUCUUUAUAAAGAAAAUUAAUUUAUUCCAAUUUUUUUAAAAGAUAAAAACAAACUUGUGACAAAGUUCUUUUCAGCCAGGAUCAUCUGUCCCUGAAGUGGUACCGUUCUGUUAUAAUGUUUACUGAAGAACCAAGGAUAUUCUAUGAAGAUCAGCCUUGUUCCAUGAUGUUGCUUCUGUUGUGUUAGUUGUACGUGCAUAUGCUCAUGGGUUUUUUGGAGCCCAUACUCAUG